AUGCCGCCGCGGUUAUCCCCAUUGCAUGUGUCGACAUGCUGUAGCCGGGCGCUACGACCUUCGACGAACCCCACGAGCCUCGUCUCCCUCUUUGCUGGUCUCUCCAUCGGCGUCCGCAAUGCCUCUAUUCUCGCCAACCUGAGCGACAACAAGGGAGCUUACAAUAAGCGCAUCCGAGUCGGUAGAGGUGCCUCAGCCGGUAAGGGCAAGACGUCCGGUCGAGGUCACAAGGGUCAGAAGCAGCAUGGCCAUGUCAAGCCGUGGUUCCAGGGUGGUCAGACACACUUGAUUGUGCAGAAGGGAAGAAAGGGUUUCGACAACAAGCGUGCCCCCGUCAUGUCCAAGGUCAACCUCGACAAGCUCCAGGAGUGGAUCGAUGCCGGCCGACUGGACGCCACGAAGCGCAUCACCGUCAAGGAAAUCAUCGAGUCGGGCCUCAUUGGCAGUGUCAAGGACGGCAUCAAGCUCCUCGCUCGUGGCAAGGAAGAGCUCCGCCAGCCCGUCGAUAUCAUGGUCUCGCGCGCUUCCGCCUCGGCCAUCGACGCAGUUGAGAACGCCGGUGGCAAGAUCCUCACGAGAUUCUACACCAAGCAGUCCAUCAAGCAACUUUUGCGCGGCGAGAGCGAGAACACGGACAAGCCGCUGCCUUACGGAAAGGAGCACGUCGAGCCCAUCCUCUCCCAAGCCCGCAGCAAGCCCUUCCAGUACAGACUUCCCGAUCCCACAAGCCGUUCCGAUAUUGAGUACUACCGCGACCCCGCUCACCGCGGAUACCUGAGCCAUCUGCUCAAGGAGGGCGAAUCGCCCAGUUUGUACUUCAAGGUGCCCAUCGCGAAGAAGCGUGUGCAGGCUGUGCGGAAGGUGGAGCGCAAGAAGGAGGUUGUCAAGGAGGACCUCCUCUGGUAA